GAACAAUCGAUUUUGAAUACAUACAAGGAACAAAGAUUUGAGCAAAACAGUGGAAGGUCUACUUUGUAGCGUUGAACGAGGCGAAAUUCCACACGCUUAGAGACCAACUCUUGUCUUCGUCGAGAGAUGUCAGCAAAUUUUGAUAACAAUUCUUUACAUCGAACUUGGCAGCGCCAGUGUUGUUAAAUUCUGUUUUUGGUUUCAUUGAUUGAAACAUGUCACAAGACGAUGCUUCUCGACGUGACGAGAUCAAUGCCUUUGCUGCAAUGGCAAACUGUGACUUCGAUCCGAAUCCCACGGACGACGCAAACGACACAACCGGCAACAGCGGGACCUUUGAUUUCAGUGCUGCGGUGAGAGCAGGCAACGCCAGUAAUGACAUCCAAAAGAGUGCAGAUCCUAUCGACCCCGACAACAUGAAGAAAAGCGAGGAUUCAUUUUUAAGCCAACUCAGGGAGGCAGAUGCUUCCUUGGAGCAGGGAAGAGAGGUCCGAUCUAGCUCGUUUCAUGCACUGGACGAAACUGAUUCAAACACAAAUCACGGAGGCCAAAUCGAUAAGCAAGGUGAUUUCGAUUCUCUGUUGCGUAGAUCUUUCGCCCAAGCCGGUCAAAAGGUAGAUAAUUCAGGAACAUUUUCGCGCUUGACUCCGAGUGCCGGGAUUGGCGACAGAUCGCAGUCCUCGGGUUCGGCUCGGCAUCGCAAUCAAAAUCUAGAAGCGGCAGCUCUGGCACUAGCAGAUGACGAGGGCGACGCACAAGGCGGCGGAAACGGCACCAAUUCGUCGAACGUUGAUUCACAAGCCGGAACAUUCUCAUCCGACACAUUCCGGCAAUCCCUACCUUCCAAUGGUAAAAACAGUUACAAUGCCAGCCGUUCGAAUAUCAAUAACAGCAAUCUUCUCCAAUUUCCUUGUGGAGCGGCCAUGAACAAUCCAAACAUGAUGAACAACAGCAACAAUCCACUGUUUAGUGGUGUUGGACUGACUGCAACUAUGAAUAGCCAGGCGGCCAAUGGCAGCGGUACUGCUGCUGCAGCCACCAAUGCCCAAAACCGCGCUAAUCUCCAAUUUGGUCAAUUUCCGUCUAACAAAAGUCCGAUGCACGUCCAACAGGUACACUUGCCGCGGCCCUUGUUUUUCGGACCAAACUUGCCACCCCGAGUUCUCCGAGAAGCCAAGAAAAUCAUGGACGAAGCAUUGGACAAGCAACGUCGCCAAUUUGAAGAGAAGCAGGAUAAUAACGAAGGAAUUCCGUAUACUCCAAGACUCGGACAACUACCUCCUGGAGUUCGAAAUCUAGUCAGCGCUAUUCGAUGCUAUGGAUUCGGUUUGGAUCUUUUUCCAAGUCAAGGUGAGGAAGAAACGGAUGGCAAGAAGGACUCGUUUAGCGGGAACUCGUCGUUUUCCACAUCUGUCUUUUGCCCACGAUGGAGCGAGGAUCGGAAACGAGCGCCCGGAACUGUUCCAAUUCCUUGUACCGAUGACGAUACCUCCUCAUUCUUUGAAAACGAAAGCUACAAUGAUACUGAUUUUGGUAAUCAAAGUCAGCCCGACACGAAAAAUGCAUUUAGAGGGCGUGACCAAGGCGAACCUAAGCUGAGCACUAGCAGAUUCGGUACGGUAAAGACUGAAGACUCCCUUACAACGACAAACUCCACCUUGCAAUCUUCAGUUGGUUCUCGACAGCGACAGGAUAUAGACGGCAGUGGUGGCGAAAACAAUAGUUUGACUGUGUCUAUAGAUACCAGUAGCAUGUCGGAACGAGAUGCGUUUUCCGCUUUUGCACGACACGGUAGUGAUUACAGCGGUUUUGCUACCACCGACAACGAGAACAGCAAAGACGCUGGCACCGAUUCCGAGGAUUCUGAAGAUUCGACGAAAAUCAAAGAAGGUUCUAUAGACGUGAUAGAGAGUCCUACCCAACCAGUUAGGAUAAUACGAAACCCAAGUCUUGGCCAGCGACAACAAAGCUUUGUUGACCCGGAAUCAAAAAUGGUACGAAGUAGUGAAGGAACAGUCGAUGAUUCUGCUACUCAAGAAUUAUCGGAGCAGGCGCUAUUUACUCAGUGGGUUCAUGGGGGGGAAUCUCCUGCCACUCUGAAUCGCAGCAAUUCUAAUAGCGGAGCAGGGACCUUCAAUUUUAAUGACUCAUUUCAUGAUACAGGCGGAGGGAAUGGUAGAAAGAACUAUUUCGAUAAGAACGCCUCUGGAACAUUUAUGAACACGAUCGUAUCAACCGGUAACGAUGAUAGCGAUGAUGACUCAGUCGUAGGAAGCGAAAUGAAGAAAAAAGUUGGAGUGAACGAACAUCUCAAUGCUGCCCUGGCAUCACUCCAAGACGAACAGAGCCCUGCGGAACCAUGUGAAUCGGAUGCUAUUGGAGAACCUGCUGCUGGUGAAUUGGCACAAGUUCCACUCACAGAAGAUGGCGGUCGUCCUCUCUCGAACCAGGAACUAAUGAAUGCACACGCCCCGCUAUUUGCUAUUGACGAUCCUCCAUUGCCUUCCGAAUCAGAUCUGGGGAAUCACGAAACUCGAGAAGAACAGCAACGAAGCAAGGAACAGAGGCGGAUCCAAUCCUUCAUCGAGAAGUUUUGUCCGCAUAAUGUUUUUGGACCGCUGGCCUGCCCCAAUCCUGCCACAGGCCCUGAUGAUAAUCAUAGCUGGAACUCAAUGUCCACACCUCUACAACGAAAUCAUGGUUUAUCGCCCAGCUCGGCCACUCACGACAAUCUUGGAUCUUCGACAAGCCCAAUUGGGUAUUCAGUAUCUUCUGAGGAUCUUGCGUCAUUAUAUUCCUCAAAUGGGCACGGGUUAACAGCAAAACGGGUAUCCCAGCUUGCAUCUGCUCCGAAGGUGCAUGAUCCAAGGACUCGAUAUGGCUGGUGGAACAAAGUAAUCAACAAAGAUAACAAACCUACUAAUCACUCCAGCGCAAAAGGAAAGUGUACUGUGGACGAUUUUCAUGAAAGUACUGGCGGUAAUGAAGCAUUGAAAGAUAUACCGAUACAGUUACCUCCAGUUGAACACUCAGCAAACGCAUGCCUUGUUCAGACUCCGUUGUAUCCUUCACCAGAAACUCUUCACAAACAAAACCGACCUCUCUCCGAACUUCACCCUGCAACGUCUUUAGCUCAGGCACUUCCUUUUCUUUCCGAUCGACCACCAAGCUAUCGUUAUCUUCAAGUAGACACCCAGUCAGUAGCUUUUCCAGCAUUGGGUGGCGAAGUGGAACCUCUCUUUUGCUCCAUGUGUAUCUAUCAUGUGGAGACAGCUCCUCGUUCGGGAGAUCGGAUCAUGUCACCUAGUCCGGACGUACAGCGCUGUGGAAAAAUCACCGAAACGCUCAACUUCGAUUUUGUCAACAAUCCGCAAGUUGAGAAGAGGUGCAACUCUUCUCUUUAUCCGUACACGAACAGCACUGAUAACAACAUGAAUACACAAUCCAACUUGACUCGGUGCGGUGUUUUCCCUCUCGCGUCAAACCUUAGCGUGUACAAUCUCUAUGCAAUUAUUACGGUGAGCAAGGUCAUUUCAGAGGGCAGUGAUUUCGAACCGUAUCUUCGUUCAAAAUCAAAGAUAAAAGAUGAAGAUAUUGAUAUCGAAUCACUUCGUUCAAAAGCACAGAAAGCAUGCGACGACCAUGGUAAAUUUGUGAUGCCGUUUGCCUUCGGCGUAGCACCUUUACUGCAAGUGUUUGGUGCAGAUAUUCCUCAUGUCCCGAGUAGCCGAGCCGUUCAGAUCCCGCUAUUUCGAUUCGCUGCAGGAAAAGGUGAAAAGCAGAUCAUCGAUCAUAUCAUGGUCAUGCUCUAUCCAAGAGCCGACCACAUAACUUCUGGUAUUAAACCUGCUCCUGUGACGAAUGGCGGAACCGCUAUGCUUGUCAUGAGAAACUUCGGUUACCUUGGUCUUCAUGAAGUGGUGAAUGGGAAAAGCUCUCUGGCAAAACAGAGAUUGGUUGACUUUACCGGCGAGAUGCAAUUGCGUCGCAAUCAUGACGACGAGAAUGAUGGCGGAAAGUUAAGGGCGGGAAAGGCAUUGCAUGACUCACUUCCAGCGUGGCAGCUGCAGUAUAAGGCAGAACCAACCAUCGAUGGAGGUCGUUCUGAACAACUUCACUGUUCCAAUACUGGGAAACCUAAUUCUUCCCUUUAUGCGCAAGAGCUUGCUCCGGUUUCAUUACUAACUUCACCGCUUGGAAGGCCCACCGGAGCUCCUCUCACAGUUCCGAAGUCUCGAUCAGGAGGUCACUCCAGCGGUGAAGAUAUUGAACCAUAUUUUCAUACAACCUUUUGUAACGAGCUCUUAUGCCAUCCAAGGACUCUCAAAGAUUGUCAAAAAGGAAAUAUCGUUGUAAAAGUAGAAAUGAGAGAAAUCGAAUGGAAUCCAGAAUAUUCUGUGCAUCUAGCACAUGUACCCGCAUGUGGUCCUGUUGUCCAUAAUUCAAGGCGCGGUCCUUUUCUAGUCCAAGAUGCAUACACUUCAUGCAGUGCGCGAUGCUUCGACCCUGAGUUUUUGGAUGAGUUCAAACUUAAGCUCCCAUUGUUACUCGGCAAUAGUGAAUCGAAGUCUCUGGCUAUAUUGUUCACCGCAUAUAGGUUGUCAUUUAGCUCAAGGAAAAAAUGGGGACGACGGCUUCUGCGCAGGAAAUGGUUAUCAAACAAAGUUGACGAAAUUACGGGCGAUGUAGUAGGGGAAUCAAAUGUUGUAGCAGGCAAAGAAUGUCAGUUAAUACAACUUGCCUGCGGCUUUCUCCGACUAGAGAAAAGACAAUCGUUAAUUGAAAAUGGUAUUCACGAUGUCAAAAUAUCGCACAUUGCGAAAUAUCCUCUAGAAGAAUUCUGCAAUGAACAAGGUAUUAGCUCCAACACGCUUGUUCUAUCUGAUUUCACGGUUGGAAAAGGAGACAUAGCUGGAGGAGAUGAGAGUGCUUUUGAAGAUGUCGAAAGUCAGGGUUCUGAUCGUUAUUUGGUUGACACUAUGUCAGCAACAAGCGCGUCGGAUAGAGAAACAAUAUUAACGGAACAAUUUGACGACAAUAGAACGAGGCAGCAGAAAAGGCAAGCAGGAAUGGUGCUCGAAGUACGCAUUUCGGUUCAAUCUUCUGUACAUCCACAGAAUGCCACAUUGAAUGAAUUUUUGAGUCAAGAGCCUGACGUGUCAAUUCCUCUCCAAGCUGGGGGGAAAGAUAUCAAAUCAUUCCUUCGCUCGGGGAAAGAUGCAAUCAUUCGUCAAUUCAGUCUACCCUGUCCAUUGAAACUUAGUCCACCCUCUGAGGAUAUAGAAUACGAAACAAAUAAGCUGCUGGUGUCGACUGUUGAUCUCGCAAAGCCAGAUAUGUGUUCAGUCGCGGAUAUUUCGUUACAUCUGAUCCGACUAUGCAAACAAUUAUGGAAGGUUAUCGUGGUGGGCACUGGAAAUCACGACAUUAAAUGGGCAGACCCGUCAGCCACCUUGCCAUUGCGUGUGAAUGCGUUUGCCACUUUACUGCAGCUUUUGGGUUCGUCCACCCUAUUUCUGUCGAAAAGAGGAGUGACUCAACUUGACGGAAAUAGCAAAUGGGACUUUAUGUCUCUAAGUCGAGUAGUAGGGCUGUUAUUCGACGAGAAGGAAAUGUUCGGUUCUAUUCACGACGAGGAGUUAUCGAAGGAAUUUCAAUCUCUUUUGGGUGGCCCUAAAGAAGAGGAGCUGCAAAGGAACCCGAAGAGAAGACCCAAGAGACGUCACUUUCGGUCUAAUUUCGAAUUUGGCAAUGGUUCGGACGGACUGAGUGCUUUCAUAAAUGAAAACAUACCAACUGAUGAAAACACAAAUUUGACGACGCAGCGCACCCAGAUCUCUUUGUUGAAAAAGCCGUCCAAUCUGGAUGAAACUCUUGACGUGCCGCAAUCAUCAGCAUUGGAAAUUUACGAUAGACCUAUCGGAUCUGACACUCCGAAAAUAGACACAGUGAGCGAUUUCAGGAACGCGAUGCAAACUGGAAACCGCGAAAAUGAGUACGAGGACGACAUUCACGAAGGUCAGUUUAGUGGAAAUGCAGCUGCGGCUGCUUGGAUUAUAGCGUUUGGUGGUUCGUCGGGUGGGAGCAACCGUAGGUGGAUGACCGCACCUGGACUCUCCACAAUUCAAGAGGACACCGAUGACGUUGACGAACACAAGACGAGUGGCAAAAAAGAAACAAAAACGAAGCAAGGGCCACUGGACGCUCUGGACUCUGAAAUAAUUCUUACMAAGGAAAAAGAAGCAAAUAAAACCCCUAAGCGACCUGUGAAACAGUUCAGGGUCCCCAAAACAUCAACAAACUCAUCUUCAAAGAACGACGACGAAUUAUUUGAUACUAACUACAAGGGGCUAGUCGUCCCCUUGGUAGGUAUGGACCAGAAUUUAGCGCUGAGUACUGGUUCAAACCAACUGUACGUAUCAAUCCUAUUAAUUGGUGAGACCCUAGAUUGAUGACGAGGUUUUUAUUUUCUAACGUUUUCCACCUACUUCUCCUUCUACAGACCUAUUGAAUCUCAGGGACGAACUAAAGAGGAAAGAACAAGAAAGCAAAGCCAGACUUUGCCUGCAACAGAUGCCGAUAUGCUCAAAGCAGCGACACCCUUUUUGGAUGCAAUAGAAAAAUCGCUUGGACUUGGGUACGUAUUGCCUUUUCUACCUCCAUUGCUGUUGUGACAACUUCCACACAAUCAUGUAACUAACUUCGCAUUGUGCAGCUCUUCCUUCUCUAGCAAUUAUCCUUCAGAAGAAGAAGUUCGUGUUUAUGGCAGACACCAUCGGAAGACUGUGAGUCACAGUAGCAUUGAUUGGUCGAUACCAAAUGAUGACUUGGGCAACUUGUCAACUGAGCCAAAGCAUGAUAAGAAACAUAGCAUUCAGGCAGGAAAAAUUGAAGAAAUCGACGAAUCAAUGAGUACCAUAUCCCAAGAAAUUAAGCUCAGCUUGAAACUCCCUAGUUUUGCGGAUCGCUUAGCCUCACUUGGUGAUUCCAGCAACGGGAGAUGGUUUCCCUUUACGUACGAAAUCAUUAUAAUGCAAUGGGCGGCGGUGCUUAUCGAGCAACAAAAAUCUGCAGUCGACUCGAAUCAAGAUGAUGAGAGCAACGCAGAAAUAAGCGAAUGCAACGAAGCGAUCCAAGACGCUGCUUCCAGGACAACUGGUGUUAUCAUUGCAUGCGCUCCAGUACUUUUUGAAGUCAUUAAACAAAGUUUGGGGUCCAGGGUGACAAGUUUAAUCCGUCGUGUGAAAAAGAAAGGCUACAUCGGCACCCCCCCCCUCGUUAUACUCGACGAUGGAAUGCUUGCCAAUCUAGAGCAGCUGAUUGCUAUCAUUACAGAUGCAUGUCUAGACAGUCGCAAUUUCGAUUCUUAUGAAACACGCCAAAGUUGCGUUGACGUCAACGAUUCGAUUGUUUUCUUCUUGCGCGACAUGUAUGCAUUCUUGGAUCCGAGAUGUGUGUACCGAUUAACUAUGCUAUAUUGGUCUCGAUUAGUUGCGAAGGACACAAGGCAAAUUGAUAGAGAUUCGAAGAUUGGUCUAAGGUGCUCCCAUGAGAUAAUAAAGCUGCAGAUGAAUGCGGUAUCGGCAUUUGUUAGGUUUCCAGAUCUGAUAAAGGUCAAUUCUCCACAAAUGAAUAGCUGGGCAAGUUUGUGGACUCUCUCCCCCGAUAUAUCGACUGUAAAUUUCUUCGACGGCGUACUUCAUCGGUACGAAAAACUUGGACUCCCAUCACUAAUCGGUGAUACAAAUAAUCGAGACAGAUUCGAACUACCUAGAAUGAGACCUCAUUGGUUGGUUGAAAUAAUUGUUGACAUCUGUUUCUCAGGCAUAGAACACUCCGAGCGGAUUAUUCAACAAAGAUCUGCAUCUCUACUACUUGAAUUAUUUUGGUCUCAUGCUCAAAAAAGUCUGAGUGAAGGAUAUUCUCCUAUUGUCGCAAGUAUGUAUGUGACAUUCAUUGAAAAAGCCCUGUCAAAAACUUCAUAUCUGUCUCACGGUUUUACUGCGAAGGGCCCAAAGAGUCAAGUGCGCCAUGAUAUUAUCCUUUGUUUGAUAUUUGUUCUACAAAGCGCUCCACCGGGACUGCUUCGAGCACUAUGGCGUAAACUUUUCACACGAUCUUCAGGAAAAGGAUCGUUUAGAAAAUUUGGUGGUAUCUCUUCGUCAGUUUCAAUGAACUCGCUUGAUGAACUGAAAGAAUCUGAGACCCCACCAAGUACUACGGAAAUAGAUGACAUCGAGGGGCCCAAUAUUUAUGACAUGUUUAGUCUUCUAAAUACGAGUCUAGCAACUGUUGAAUACGAAGGUUGUGACGAGCAUGCUGAAGUAGAUAGAUAUGAGGGUGACGGGCCUCUACUAUUUUGGCCAAAAGAAUUCUUGAUGACGAGAGAGCGUGAUACAAUAGAUAUUGCAAGACAAAGGCGUUUGCUUUCCAUCGUAACAACCACAUCUGAGGAGAAAGACGAGUCUAACGAUGACGAAUACGCGACGACAAGUUCGAGAAAAUGGCUUGCUCACGAUGCUUCGAUGGUUCUUAUUCGGACUGUACAACAAAUCGUUCGAGAGCUAAGGUUUGUUCUAGAACCAAUGCAAGGGUCUCAGUCAUUAUUCAAUCCAGCGCGAAGGAAGGCCAAAGCCAACAAGUCGCAUCGCUCUCCACCCGCAACAAAUUUCGAUUCCGAACCUUCCGAAACAGGUUGCACUAAAUUCUCGUAUACGGACACAGUCAUUUUUGUCCGAGGUGCAACAUCUGUAUACUUGAACUCACUAGUAUUGAGAGAAAGUGAUAUUGCUAUCGUUAAAACAUUGAAUGCCUCUGUCGAAAUAAUAAAGAUAUUCGGGAUUAAAAUAUUCAACGAGGCUGUUGGCGAGACUCUGCAACAUUGGCUCCGCAUGAUCACUUUCCACUGUGGAUCGCGAAGAGCUGAAGUGCGUGUUCCAGCUUCAGAUUUUGCUGAAUUGAUUUUGCGAAGUACUUGGGAUUGUUUUGGCAGUUUCUUUAGAAUCCGAAUACCUCUUCUGGCAGUGCAAACUGAAGUAAUGGAAAGAAUAGUUGCAACAGCAGUAGCAAGGUAUUAUCGAGACCAACGGAAAACGGGCAUCAAGAUUGAUUUAUUCUCAAACUCGUGUGCUGAAGCUAGCCUUACACCAUUGUGGCGAACUACUGAUCGUUUACACCACCAAUCUGCUAGUCAGAAUGUCGCCUUCAGGUAUGUUCCUUCCUUUUCGGGUAAUUUUAUAGACUUCUAUUGACGUCGAUCCCUAACACAAUCUCUCAAUUUUUUCUUUUUUUAGGUCCAGUUUAGUUCGUCUCGCCGAGAAAAUAAAGAAAUUACACAGGGCCUACAUCGCAGCACAUGCACUUUCUUUUGAAAAUAAUUCUGGAUCACGAGAGCAUCAAAACAGCGACUCGACUCAUGAUCCCGGAAUAUCUUCCGACGUCGAAACUCUGAAGCGAGCAAAUCGAAUCAGUGUCAUUCGUGUCGUGAAUGCUUCGGCCAGUUAUUCAAAACAAUUUCUUGGAUUGCAGAUGGCAGCCAGUGAGAAUACCUCACUUGCACACCACGAAGCACUUGAAGAUGCAUUCUUAGACGCUGCAGAUGUCUUUUCGCCGACUGAGUUGCCAGACCAUCGAAUUGCUUGGCUGCGAAAGCUUGCUCAAUUUCAUGCAACUCGGUCAAAAAAUGCCGAGGAGGCAACCUGUCAUUACAUGAUCUAUUACACGUUGAAUAGAUCUUGUAGGCUGAGUUCAACCUUGUGGUCAAGUUCGCCCUUCCUUCCGUGGAUCGACAACUUGUCUGACGGAAUUCAUCUGGAAGGUCCUGCUGGAGAAUCUGACGGAUCUAAUUGUGAUCUCCCUUCUCUUGAUUAUGGCCGUCAAAUCGAUAAGACGAAUUCAUUCCGGCGAAUAUUUUACCGGAACGAGAAUUCGGUUAGAUUGAAUCCAGGAGAACUUGAAGGUGGCGCUAGGAAGGCUGCAUUUGCUGGGGUCUCGCUUACGUCGGAGUAUACAACGGCAACCCCAUGGAUAACCCAUAGAGAAAUGGAAGCAAACAUGCUCGAGGAGGCCGAAGCUGCGGGAUACCUUUUCCAAAAAUCUGGAAUCAUAGCAAGUAGUCGAUAUAUGUGGGGUUUGGCAGCUCAGUAUUAUGCAGAGAAAUUUAUGUAUGGGAAACUUACCCAUGUUUACGAACGCCUCGCCAGAACUCUUGUUGCACAAGUACCGAACAUCGAUAAUACACUUGAGCAAGUAGUUGAUGUCGGAAUUCCACUGGGUAGGUUUUACCGAGUUUGGUUUCAUGGAGGUGCUCCUGACGAGUUGAUAGGGGCCGAAUUUGUUUAUCGCACUCGCACAAAGAUAUCCCUGUCGAAAUUCGGAACAGAAUUGCGCGAUGUCCUUAGAUCCAUAAUUCCCGAGAACACUCCGAUUCAUUUGGUUCUCGACGGCCGACCAGAGGAAAGUGCACAAACCAACCCUUCUGGGUUCAUCAGAAUGGGAGGUGCGCCAUUGGAACCAGUGAAGGUGAAGGUCACGCCGCUCCGUCCAGUGGUUCGCAAUGAAAGUAGGAUUCGUGGCCUACCGGAAUGGUUCAAAUUGUACAUCGAUAGCGCAUUUUCUGGUCAUAAUACAAAUGAGAAUAGAAAGGAUGCUUCAAAGGGAUUUCGUGAUAAAUAUCUUAAUCACUCUCGAUCCAAGCCAACAAUGUAUUAUUCGACCUCAUUCAAGGGAAAAGAUGUCGGAUAUUCUGGUAACAACCAUCGUCACUAUCAGUUUGAAUCCUCGACAGAGGGCGAGCUAGUUGGGGCUGAUAAAUUUUGGUUCAUACAAUCGAAAGACCGAUCACGCGGCUCGCGAGAUUGGCUGAAGGGGGCUUCUGACGACUUUGCUGAGAAGACUAUUCGGGUUACACAACUUCAAGUUAGACAAGCGUUCCCCGCGUGUAUAUCACGCCAAAGAGUUAUUGAUCGCGAUGUAUACAGUCAAAGUCCACUAGAAGCUGCAGUAGACAAUUCAUGUCUCUGGUGCGCUGUUCUUUUUAGAACUUCGAUCGCAAGCAACGGUUCUGCUGUACUUGGUAAGUGAGGUGUAUUGCGUUUGAAAUGAUGUUUUGUCGACUUCAAUCUUUCUAAUUCUCGUUGUAUUGGUUUAGGGGAGAGUAACGAUCCAGGGAUUGGUAUUGAUGCAGCGAAGGUAGUUUCCGAAUGCAUUCACUCUAGCAGGGUGAAGGAAAUAGGGACAGUUUUGCUACGGACAAACACCCAUGUGAGAGAAGAUGAUGAUGAUGUACUGCAUUACUACGAUCGACUUAGCGUAGAUGAGGUGCAUAAAAUCCAACUAAGACUCGCCAGAGCGCUGGUUGUAUUUAUGGAACUUCUUCAUUUGUUAAUAGCAAGAAACAGAGAUCUCCUCUUGGAACUUAUCCAAAAGAGAAUUCCACCAAGAGACAGGAGACCAAAUGGACCUCAUGAAUAUGUAUCGGCCGUUCCUCCUUCAACACAUGCCCGAGAUAUGUCCAUCGGAUCUCAGCACUCGAUUGGUAGAAAUUCAAUCAGGGGUCCGAAUGAAUGCCCAUCGGGCGUUCCUCCUUCCUCAGUAUCUCAUCAAUCAAUGAAAAGAGUUCCGAGCAGAGGUGAAAUAUCGCUACCCAACACUCGCACACCGUCACGAGAUAGGUCAAGACACAGUAACGUGCACCAGAGACGUUUAAGUGCUCCGUUCGAAAACACGUCAUCGUCCGCGGAUUCGGUCCCCAAACCAAACCACGCGAAUGAGGAUUAUGAUCAGGGAACAAACCUCACUAUUUCAAGUCAAAGGGACCGAACAGACUCUGCUAUCGGGAUUCAACGAGAACUGCAAUUGGCAUUUAUUAAUACUGCGAAGGUGUUACUACCUAAAAUUCAGGGUGUUAUGGGAAGCGAUACACCCCGUUGGUUGAAACAGUGCUGCCAAGAUAAUUAUUUUUCUGCGUACACUUACCGCCAAGUGAAGAUCCGUAAGUUCCGCCACCCGGUCCCCGUCAUUUACGACUGCCGACAUUGCUCGUUUGCUAAAUGUAUUUCUUUUUUUUCCGUUCAUUUUAGCCAUUGGUGAAGAGCUUACUUUCGACGAUGUAGAGACAGAAAAAAAUAGAGGAUCCAACCCUAUGUCGAAAUAUCCCACCGGGGACAAGCCAGGGUCAAUAUCAGGAGGAUUUCACCGCUCCGAUAAAUCUUGUUCUUCUCAGGCACCAGACUCUCCGAACGGGAGUACAGGAAGCAAUUCUGUUGUAUCCAGAGUAUCCGAUGCAAGGUCUGUGACGUCUUCGAGAUCAAUGCGAUCCCACAAGGAGCGUCCCAUGCCUCGCCAAGGAGGAGUUGAUCGGCCCCUCUCAUAGUAAUGAGUGAAACUGUAUCUUAUAAUUGAUUUUGUGCGACAGAAAUGCGUUGGCAUUGGUUAGUUGAAAGCUCCACUCCACUAUUCGGCGCUCAACAAACAUUGAUUGACUAGAACUUCUAAGUAGCGCAGUCUCAAGAUGGGUACCAAUAUAUUGCGAAGCGCAAAAUGAACCCAAGUGAUAAAUGCAGGUCUUCUAGUGCAAUUCAACUAUUAGUAACACUAAUUAAGCUGCACUCUGUGAGUCGCAGGGUUCAGUGCCUAGUUUUUUUGGUGUUCAUGUAAGCCAAUCGAAGAGGCCUAACUUUUUCAUUAGCCAAUUUGUUUAGACGU